UAACGAAAGAUUACAAACAAAACUUCACAAUUUAUUGAAAUACACACUCACAACGGCGUAUUAUACUGCGGAUUUUGAAAGUAACGAGUAACGGAUGCCGCUUGUGGCGGAGGUGGUGGGGGCACUUUAGGGUCAAUAUCGCGACUAAUAAUCGAAUAGAAAUUUUUUUUCUCGUUUAAAUGUUUUUUUUGGCAACGAAGAGUCUAAGUGUCCUUUACAUUUUAACUUUUGAGGGUUUUAAAUUUUUUUUUACUGAUUAUUCGGGGGAUUUUGUUGUCGCUCGGGAAUUGGAGAGAGUUUGACUGUUGAUUCGAGUGGUGUCACAUCAGCUGUGACAUCCAAUAUGGCGGGUGUUGGCGAGCGUUUUGUGUUGUAGGUUAAGAUUCUGAGGAAAAUAAAGAACGUGGUGUUGACGUUUGGGGAUUAGGUGUUUUGAAGACUGAUUUGGAACGGUUUUUGGGGAUUUUGGGGAGUAGAAUGGAGAGAGAGUCCAGACGGGGUGAGGAGGGCAGAGCUCGGUCUCGAGAGCGGGAGCGCAGGCACCAGGAAGUGAGGGCGAGUCGCAGGGACAGGGAUAGGGAGAGGAACUGCAGCCCGGGGAAGUCGAAGUCGGAGGGCAAAUCCUCUAGGAGGAGGGAGGACAGGAAGAAGUCCAAACAGAGGACGUCAGGGUCCAGGGAUCGGGGAAGAUCUUCCAAGCAUAAGAGUCGAAGGAGAUCCUCAUCAUCAUCAUCAAGCUCCUCCUCAUCCUCAUCGUCCUCGGACUCCUCCGCAGACUCCACAAAGCUCCUGAAGAAGCUCGAGAGACAGCGCCACAAGCAGCUAGAAGAGCGAAAACGCCAGAAAGAGUUGGAAAAGGCGACUGAGACCCCAGAGGAGAAGAGGCUGCGUCGUUUGAAGAAGAAAGAAGCGAAAGAGCGUAAACGGAAAGAGAGGAUGGGCUGGGACAACGAUUACCUCCACUACACGAACACAGACAAUCCCUUCGGCGAUGGAAACCUCCUCUCCACAUUCGUGUGGUCCAAAAAGCUGGAGAAAGAGGGUCUCCUGGGGGUGAGCCACGAGGCCCUGGAGCAGAGGAAUCGCCACAAGCAGGAGGAGAACAAGCGAGAGCUCGAGAAAGUGAAGAAACGUCGACAGGAGCGAGAGCUGGAGAGACAGCAGAGAGAAGAGGAGAUGGCGUUGCUCCAGAGGGGGAAAGAGGCAGCACAGCUGGAGCAGUGGGCGAAACAGGAGGACCAGUUUCACUUGGAGCAGGCGAGACUCAGAUCUCGAAUUCGUAUUCAGGAUGGACGAGCCAAACCCAUUGAUCUGCUGGCGAAAUACAUAAGUGCAGAGGAGGAAGUCGAUGCUGUGGAGAUGCACGAGCCUUACACCUACCUCAGGGGGCUCCAGGUGAAGGACCUGGAGGACCUCAUCGAAGACAUCAAGGUCUACAAGGAACUCGAGAGGGGUGGAAACUUGGACUACUGGAAUGACAUCACUGUUAUUGUGGAGGACGAACUUUAUAAACUGAAGAAACUUGAGAGGUCGGAGUACGAAGUGGCUGUUAAGAGGAGGGAAGGGAUACAUGAGUCGGUUGUUAAGGAUGUUGCUGCUACGUUCAAGGGGAAGACUGUGGCCCAGUUGGAAGGUAUUCAACUGAGAAUCGAAGAGAAAAUAUCAGGCAAGCCUGAAGGAGUGGACAUUGGCUACUGGGAGAGUCUGCUCUCUCAACUGAAGGCCCACAUGGCGAGGGCUCGUCUGCGAGAUCGUCACCAGGAGAACUUGCGAAAGAAGCUGGAGGUCCUGAUGGCUGAGCAGGGAGUGGCCAGGGCAGAGAGCGAGGCCAAUGGCUCUGAGGACAAAAGUGAGACAACAAGAGUGGAGAAUACAGAGGAAGAGAAGGAAGCAAUCGAGAGAAAGGAAAAGAGUGACGACGAGGGAUCUGACGAUGAAGAGGCGCCAACUGCAGCUGAGGACAUGCUGUCAGAGUCCAUUGGAGAGUACGAGUCCGGUGGCUACUCCCCCAAAUACAUGUCGACUUCUCAACUUGAGCCGGGAACUAUCGUUACUCUGGAGGAGGAGGACACACAGAGGCUUGAGUAUGCCAGGGCUCAGGUGUUUAGCACUGGGAACAAAGUGCAGAGUGCCAUGACUGCUGAGGAGCAGGCUCUGCAUGCAGAGGCGAGGAAAAAUAUGGGGUCAGAUGAGGCGCAGUUCAGUGUCGAGACUUCCUUGGAGGCGCAAAUUUAUCUGUGGUCCGAUAAGUAUCGACCCAGAAAACCGAGGUAUUUUAAUCGGGUGCACACUGGCUUCGAGUGGAACAAGUACAAUCAGACGCAUUAUGAUAUGGAUAAUCCGCCACCCAAGAUUGUACAGGGGUACAAGUUCAAUAUAUUUUACCCUGAUUUGAUCGACAAGAGCACGACUCCUGAAUAUUACUUGCUCUCCCCCUACGACCCGAGCGAGCGCCCAAAAACCGCGAACCUAGAGAGGCCAAGUGUCCUUGAUCCAAGCUUAGUCAACAAGCUCGACAUGUCAUUGCUGAGUAAAGAAGUACUGAGUGAUUCCAUGACACAAAUUCGUCACGGUUUACGAAAGUUGGGUGGGGAUCGUCGUGGCACAGCAGACGUAAAGACGACGCGUCAGAAGCGACGUAGCUUCGAGCACGUGUUGAUGGAGCAGACCCUAGUGCCACUGGGCGUGAGACGACAGUUGUCCCCGGAAGUGCGACGUCUCGACGACAACAACAAUCGCAACAACAAGGUCAUGUCGUCGUUAUCAACCGUGCGAAUGGUAAAGUCGUCCCGGCCAGCGGAGAUUGAAGUCUUCACUGGUCCCACGAAGACGACGCCAGAGCCGUGCACCACGUGCGGUCGUCCGGACCAGCCGGAGCGUCUGCACAGCCACCCGAAGGGUGCUCUGCCCGCCAAAAUCAUCAGCAAGGACCAGAGCGCGGGAAAGCCGAAGGACAUGACAAAGAAAACAACGCAAAAGCCGGUAGCGCUGAAUUUCCAGAGCGAAAAAAACAAGUUAAAGGCGAAGGAAGUGCCGAAGGACUCGCCCGCAGAAAAAAUUCGCGAGUCCUCGGCGGGCGCCAGGCGAGGCCCCAGAACGGUCACUUGUUACAUCUGCGCACGGGAAUUCGGAACCGCAAGCUUUCCCAUACACGAGCCCAAGUGCAUGCAGAGAUGGGAGCGGGAAAAUAAUUCUUUGCCACCCUCUCAAAAGCGUCCGCCACCUCAGCGUCCGGUCGUCCCAAUUGACCAUCAAGAAUGGAACACAGCCGCCUGGCAGUUAUCUCAGACGCAAUUGGUGCCGUGCUGGAAGUGUGGGAGGACCUUUUUGCCCGACCGACUGCCGGUGCAUCAAAAAAGUUGCAAAGCUACCGCUAAGCAAAAUUCAGCCUCGAGUAAGUCAGACAGAUCCGAUCACUCUGAGAGCUCCAGCACUCGUUCCGUAACAACUGUUCAGUGUGCAGUAUGUGGGCGGAAUUUUGGCUCCACGAGUAUUAAAAUUCACGAGCCACAGUGCUUGAAACGAUGGCAGACAGAGAAUGAAGGACUGCCAGUGGGUGAACGGAAAAAAGAGCCACCGAAGCGUCAGGAGUCUGGUGAAAAAGUUUCAUCCUCCAGUCCAUUACAAAGAAAAACGGUGACGUGUUACAUAUGCGGCCGUGAUUUUGGCUCCACGAGUAUUGAAAUACACGAGCCGCAGUGUCUGAAGAAGUGGCACAUGGAGAAUGGGAAGUUACCACUGAGCCAGAGGCGCCAGGAGCCGCAGAAACCGGAAGUUAUCCUCAGCAGUGCGUCAACUCCUGGUAACCCAGUGGUAGACUGGUCCGCAACGUCAGAAGCAAGAUGGAAAAGUCACCUGGGACAAUUGGUGGCAUGCAAGAACUGCAAAAGGACUUUCAACCCCGAUCGCGUUGCUGUACACGAGCGCACCUGCAAGGGAACACGUUAAUCAAUACCACAGACAAUUUUUUUGGUGUUUCUCGGGUCGAGUGUCGCACGUCUGAAGGAUGAAAAAAAAGAAUACAUUAACCAACUCAAUUUAAAUCACUGGUGUUACUUUAUCGAAUAAAAUCGGUCAAUAGGUGAAGUCUUGACACUUAACCCAAUCUCGAGUCACGAAUUGAUUUUUAUUCAGUGUAUCAUUAAUAUCAAUUCCAGAGUACAAAAGAAUAAUUUUUCUCAGUGUAAAUGAUGAUAUAGUCUACAACAUUGUUGAGUCACAUCGAGUUAACUUUUGGAAUCAGCUGGGGUCGAUAUGUAAUAAUGGAAAUGAUUUGUGCUUUCACGAAAAUAUAUAUUUCUUUAGAAA